CGUUUUUGAGAAGCUAGGUCAGUUUCAUGAAAACUCAGUGGUGAUUUUGUAUUAAUGGAAGAGGAUGAAAUGCUAGUGGAUUAUAUAACAUUUGAUGAUUUAAGUAAUGGGAAAGAGGAUUGUGCGGUUCCUUCGAAUGAACAAGAUGAAGAUAUGGGACUGCUGUAUCCUGAGGAUUACUCUUGUUACUUUAUUCCCGAUGAAGAUGAGAAAUUUCACUCUAAAGAAGAUGUUAAAGCGGUAUCGUAUUGUAACAAACAGUGGUUGGAUAAACACAAAGAAAAGUUUGUGGCUGCUUGGACUUGUCAAGUGAAACACUGCAACAAUCAAGCUACUAGGACAGUGGAGAGUUCUCAUAAAAGACUGAAGGGUGAACUCCUAACCACAAAAGGAAACCUUGUUACCGUUUGGAAAGCGAUACAUUCAAUGUUCGAGGGCGAUAGAACAAGAAUCGAAAGGGAUUUCCAGGAGAGUUUAAUUCGUAGCAGGACUCAUUAUCCUAAUUACCCAUUCUUAAAGAAAAUUGUCUACAACGUCUCAUGGUAUGUUAUUAACCAAAUGUUAGAGGAUAUGAAAUUUGGACUAACAUUGGCUGGGAGGAUGGUAGUUGUAUAUGCAAGGUGA